AUGGGGGAUGUGAAGCUGGCUGCCUCAACCCAGGUUUCUAAAACCUCCGUCAGUGUGGAUCGCCCGAGAGUCGGUUCCGUGUCCCUGACCGAGGCCCCUGCUUUCAUUGUGCCCCCUCGGAACCUCUGCAUCAGAGAAGGAGCCACUGCCAAGUUUGAAGGGAGGGUCCGGGGUUACCCAGAGCCCCACGUGACGUGGCACCGAAAUGGGCAACCCAUCACCGGUGGGGGCCGCUUCCUGCUGGAUUGUGGUAUCCGGGGAGCUUUCAGCCUUGUGAUUCAUGCUGUCUGUGAGGAAGACAAGGGAAAGUAUACCUGUGAAGCCACCAAUGAUAGUGGUGCCCGCCAGGUGACAGUGGAGUUGACGGUGGAAGGGGGCUUUAUGAAGAAGCAUGGCCAGCCUGCUGUUUCCAAAACCUUGGGAGACAGAUUUGCAGCCCCUGCCAUGGAGACCCGUCCUAGCAUCUGGGGAGCGUGCCCACCAAAGUUUGCUACCAAGUUGGGCCGAGCCGUAGUCAAAGAAGGGCAGAUGGGGCGGUUUUCCUGCAAGAUCACUGGCCGGCCCCAGCCGCAGGUCACCUGGCUCAAGGGAGAGGUUCCCCUGCAGCCAAGUGCCCGUGUGUCUAUGUCUGAGAAGAAUGGGGUACAAGUUCUGGAAAUCCAUGAGGUCAGCCACGAUGACGUGGGAGUAUACACGUGCCUGGUGGUGAAUGGGUCAGGGAAGGCCUCCAUGUCGGCCGAGCUUUCUAUCCAAGGUUUGGACAAUGCCAGUAGGUCAUUGGUGAGAGGAACAAAGGCUGCCAAUGCAGAUAUCAGGAAGGAAGUGACCAAUGGAACCACACAGGGGCCGAAACUGGACAGCCUUGCGUCUGCUGCCGAGAGAAAGAACUGCUCCAAUACCCAGAGAGGGGGCUCCCCGACCUGGGCCACAAGUAGUCAGCCUCCGCCCCUGCGGGAGUCCCAGCUGGAGUCGUCCGGGGACCCACCCAGGAAGGCCCUGAGGAGCCCCGUCCUACAAAAGACUUCUAGCACCAUCACCCUGCAGGCUGCAAAAGUCCAGCCAGAACCAAGAGCACUGGUCUCGGGUGCCCCCUCGUCUUCCAGAGAAGAGAGGGAGAGGCCAGCUGCGUACCCCCCAGCCACCCUCCCCACCAAGCAGUCCGGCCUGGGAAGCCAGGAGGUGGUGAGCAAGGUUGCUACAAGGAAAAUCCCCAUGGAGAGCCAGAGGGAUUCCACCUUCCCCAAAUUUGAGAGCAAACCCCAAAGCCAGGAAGUCAGUGAAGAUCAGACAGUCAAGUUCAGAUGCGAGGUUUCAGGGACCCCAAAGCCUGAAGUGACCUGGUUCCUGGAAGGUGCCCCUGUGAGGAUUCGAGAAGGCAUGGUUGAGGUUUAUGAAGAAGGCGGAUGCCAUUACCUCUGCCUGCUGAGAGCGCGGGCCAGAGACAGUGGGAGCUAUAGCUGCACGGCCUGCAAUGUCCGAGGCCAGGUGUCCUGCAGUUGGACCCUCCUGGUGAAACGGCUGGCCGCGACGGAGGUGGCACCGUCUUUCUCCAGGGUCCUGAAGGAUUGCACUGUCAUCGAGGGCCAGGACUUUGUGCUGCAGUGCUCUGUGCAGGGGACCCCGGUCCCCCAAAUCACUUGGCUGCUCAAUGAGCAGCCCAUCCAGUAUGCUCACUCGUCCUGCGAGGCCGGUGUGGCUGAGCUCCACAUCCAGGACGCCCUGCCAGAAGAUGAUGGCACCUACACCUGUCUGGCCAAGAACACCGUGGGGCAGGUGUCCUGCAGCGCCCGGGUCACUGUCCAUGAAAAGAAGAGUGACAGGAAGAGCGGGUACCCUCUGCCCGUGGCUCCCAGCAAGCCAGUCGCGCCCCUCUUCCUGCAGGGCCUCUCCGACCUCAAAGUCAUGGAUGGAAGCCAGGUCACCAUGACAGUCCAGGUGUCAGGGAACCCACCCCCUGAGGUCAUCUGGCUUCAUGACGGGAAUGAGAUCCAGGAGUCGGAGGACUUCCACUUUGAGCAGAGAGGCACUCGGCACAGCCUUUGUAUCCAGGAGGUGUUCCCGGAGGACACGGGCACAUACACCUGUGAAGCCUGGAACAGUGCCGGAGAAGUCCGCACCCAGGCGGUGCUCAUGGUACAAGAGCCUCAGGAUGGCACCCAGCCCUGGUUCAUCAGCAAGCCCCGCUCAGUGACAGCCUCCCUAGGCCAGAGUGUCCUCAUCUCCUGUGCCAUCGCUGGGGACCCCUUCCCCACUGUGCACUGGCUGCGCGAUGGCAAAGCCCUCUCCAAAGACACUGGCCACUCCGAGGUGCUACAGAAUGAGGACGUGUUCACGCUGGUUCUAAAGAAUGUGCAGCCUUGGCAUGCCGGCCAGUAUGAGAUCCUGCUCAAGAACCGGGUUGGCGAAUGCAGUUGCCAGGUGUCACUGACGCUACAGAGCAGCCCCAGCAGAGCGCCCCUGCGGGGGAGGGAGCCUGUCAGCUGUGAGGGCCUCUGCAGCCAGGGAGCCCAUGCUCAUGGUGGUGGCGGCGACCACUAUGGGACCCUGAGGCCUGGCUGGCCAGCGAAAGGGCAGGGUUGGCCAGAGGAGGACCACGGUGAGGACGUGCGGGGCUUGCUGAAGAGGCGUGUGGAGACCCGGCAGCACACUGAGGAGGCCGUCCGCCAGCAGGAGGUAGAACAGCUAGACUUCCGUGACCUCCUGGGGAAGAAGGUGAGUACCAAGACCCUGUCAGAAGAAGACCUCAAGGAGAUCCCAGCUGAGCAGAUGGAUUUCCGUGCGAACCUGCAGCGGCAGGUGAAGCCUAAGACUGUGUCAGAGGAAGAGAGGAAGGUGCACAGCCCUCAGCAAGUCGACUUCCGCUCGGUCCUGGCCAAAAAGGGGACUCCUAAGACCCCGGUGCCUGAGAAGGCACCACUUCCCAAACCUGCCACCCCAGACUUCCGCUCAGUGUUAGGCAGCAAGAAAAAAUUACCAGCAGAGAAUGGUAGCAACAAUGCUGAGGCCUUGAAUGCCAAGGCAGCAGAAAGUCCCAAGGCCGUGAGCAAUGCCCAGCCUUUAGGGUCCCUGAAACCCUUGGGCAAUGCCAAGCCUGCUGAGACCCUAAAACCUACCCCGAAACCCAUGGGCAAUGCCAAGCCUGCUGAGACCCCAAAACCCAUGGGUAACGCCAAGCCUGCUGAGACCCCGAAACCAGCUGGGAAGGAAGAACUCAAGAAGGAGGUUAAGAAUGAUGUGAACUGUAAGAGGGGGCAUGCAGGAGCCACAGAUAAUGAAAACAGGUCAGAGAACCAAGGGACAGCCCCAACCUUCAAGGAGAAGCUACAAGAUGUCCAUGUGACAGAGGGCGAAAAGCUGCUACUCCAGUGUCAGGUGUCCUCUGACCCCCCAGCCACCAUCACCUGGACGCUGAAUGGAAAGACACUCAAGACCACCAAGUUCAUCAUCCUCUCCCAAGAAGGCUCACUGUGCUCUGUCUCCAUCGAGAAGGCACUGCCCGAGGACAGAGGCUUAUACAAGUGCAUAGCCAAGAAUGGCGCCGGCCAGGCUGAGUGCUCCUGCCAAGUCACCGUGGACGAUGCUCCCACCAAGGAGAAUGCCAAGGCCCCGGAGAUGAAAGCCCGGAGGCCCAAGAGCUCUCUUCCUCCCGUGCUAGGAACAGAGAGUGAUGCAACUGUGAAAAAGAAACCCGCCCCCAAGACACCUCCGAAGGCAGCCAUGCCCCCUCAGAUCAUCCAGUUUCCCGAGGACCAAAAGGUGCGCGCAGGAGAGUCUGUGGAGCUGUUUGGUAAAGUGGCAGGCACCCAGCCCAUCACCAGUACUUGGAUGAAGUUCCGAAAGCAGAUCCAGGAGAGCGAGCACAUCAAGGUGGAGAACAGCGAGAAUGGCAGCAGGCUCACCAUCCUGGCCGCAUGCCAGGAACACUGUGGCUGCUACACUCUGCUGGUGGAGAACAAGCUGGGCAGCAGGCAGGCCCAGGUCAACCUCACUGUCGUGGACAAGCCAGACCCCCCAGCCGGCACGCCUUGUGCCUCUGACAUCCGGAGCUCCUCGUUGACCCUGUCCUGGUAUGGCUCCUCAUAUGAUGGGGGCAGUGCCGUGCAGUCCUACAGCGUCGAGAUCUGGGACUCGGUGGACAAAACGUGGAAGGAACUAGCCACAUGCCGCAGCACCUCUUUUAACGUCCAGGACCUGCUGCCUGACCGAGAGUAUAAAUUCCGUGUGCGUGCCAUCAACGUGUAUGGAACCAGUGAGCCGAGCCAGGAGUCUGAACUCACAGCAGUGGGAGAAAAACCAGAGGAGCCAAAGGACGAAGUGGAGGUGUCAGAUGAUGAUGAGAAGGAACCUGAGAUCGACUACCGGAACGUGACCGUCAACACUGAACAAAAAGUGUCUGACUUCUAUGACAUCGAAGAGAGACUAGGCUCUGGGAAAUUUGGACAGGUCUUUCGACUCGUAGAAAAGAAAACUAGAAAAAUCUGGGCAGGGAAAUUCUUCAAGGCAUAUUCCGCAAAAGAGAAAGAGAAUAUCCGGCAGGAGAUCAGCAUCAUGAACUGCCUCCACCACCCCAAGCUGGUCCAGUGUGUGGAUGCCUUCGAAGAAAAGGCCAACAUUGUCAUGGUCCUGGAGAUCGUGUCGGGGGGUGAGCUGUUCGAGCGCAUCAUUGACGAGGACUUCGAGCUGACAGAGCGGGAGUGCAUCCAGUACAUGAGGCAGAUAUCGGAGGGGGUGGAGUACAUCCACAAGCAGGGCAUCGUCCACCUGGACCUCAAGCCCGAGAACAUCAUGUGUGUCAAUAAGACCGGCACCAGAAUCAAGCUCAUCGACUUUGGUCUGGCCAGAAAGCUGGAGAAUGCGGGGUCUCUGAAGGUCCUCUUUGGCACCCCAGAGUUUGUGGCACCGGAAGUGAUCAACUAUGAGCCCAUUGGCUAUGCCACGGACAUGUGGAGUAUUGGAGUCAUCUGCUACAUCCUGGUUAGUGGACUUUCCCCCUUCAUGGGUGACAACGACAAUGAAACCCUAGCCAACGUUACCUCAGCCACCUGGGACUUUGAUGACGAAGCGUUCGAUGAGAUCUCUGAGGAUGCCAAGGAUUUUAUCAGCAAUUUGCUGAAGAAAGAUAUGAAAAACCGCCUGGACUGCACCCAGUGCCUUCAGCAUCCAUGGCUUAUGAAAGACACCAAGAACAUGGAGGCCAAGAAACUCUCCAAGGACCGGAUGAAGAAGUACAUGGCAAGAAGGAAAUGGCAGAAAACGGGCAAUGCUGUGAGAGCCAUUGGAAGACUGUCCUCUAUGGCAAUGAUCUCAGGGCUCAGUGGCAGGAAAUCCUCAACAGGGUCACCAACCAGCCCGCUCAAUGCAGAAAAAUUAGAAUCUGAAGAAGAUGUGUCUCAAGCUUUCCUUGAGGCUGUUGCAGAGGAAAAGCCCCAUGUAAAACCCUAUUUCUCUAAGACCAUCCGUGAUUUAGAAGUUGUGGAGGGAAGCGCUGCUAGAUUUGACUGCAAGAUUGAAGGAUACCCAGACCCUGAAGUUGUCUGGUUCAAAGAUGACCAGUCAAUCCGGGAGUCCCGCCACUUCCAGAUAGACUACGACGAGGAUGGGAACUGCUCUUUAAUCAUUAGCGAUGUUUGCGGGGACGACGAUGCCAAGUACACCUGCAAGGCUGUCAACAGUCUCGGAGAAGCCACCUGCACAGCAGAGCUCAUUGUGGAGACCAUGGAGGAAGGGGAAGGGGAAGGGGAAGAAGAAGAGGAAGAGUGAAACAAAGCCAGAGAGAAGAAGCUCCUAAGGCAUAUUACAAAGACUAUUUCUCUAAAGCUCAAAAAAAUCCAAGAUAGUAAAAGCACCUAGUGUGAUAGAUUAUCUAGUUAGGUCAUUUGAGGGUUGAUUGUUCAGCAACAGCAGUUGGUACUAGCAGCAGCUAUUGAUGGGCAUUAACAUGAACUAGUUGGCACCUUAAGAUACUAACACGGCCAGAUUUCAUUUUGAGAAAUUACCAGUAACUUGCCUGAUCUGUUGAUUUUAGAAAGUAACCAAAAGAAAUCUUUAUCUGGGCAAAGUCAUAAAUUCCCUAACUGAAAGCACUCAUGAAAAAUAAGGCCCUGUGCUCACAGCUCAGCCCAGAAGGUCCCUGGAGAUGGAGAUGUGUCUCUCCCAGCUCCUAAUUCCAGAGAACGGCGUCUCCUCCAGUCCUGCAGCACUUCAUUCUGAAAGCAGUUGAGCCAUUUUAACUUACGAGGCCCAUUUGAUUCCAAAGUAUACUAUAGACAUGCAAACUUUUCAUUUCUCUCCCCUGUUCCACCUGCCAGUUUUGCUGGCUCUGAACUUGCCAUGAGUUUAAGCACUAAGGACAUGACGCUUCUUAGAUUCUGAAGACCGGUUCCCUGCUUCGUGGAUGGCUGGCUUCCUUAGGAAAAUAGAAUCUCUUUUCUUCCAAAAUCAGUAGGAAAUCUAAACUUAUCCCCUCUUUGCAGAUGUCUAGCAGCUUCAGACAUUUUUGUAAGAACCCGUGGAAAAAAAAAAAAUCCUUGCUAAUGUGCUUUUCUUCUGAAACCAGGAUUCAUAUUUGUGCUGUUACAGAAUAUCAGCUCUGCAUGUGUGGUAAAGAUGUUUGUGUUUGAAUGUAUGAAAAACCAGUUUGCUGAAAAGUUAGUCUUAAUUAUUUAUCGGCCGCUAUGAAACAGAUUUCAACUGAUGAAGGGCUGUAGAACUGCACGUCCUUUGGAAUCUCCUUCAGGGGAGUCUGACUUUAACACACCUUCCAUUCUAAACACUCGCCAGAGAACCCUACCUACCUUAUGGGGUUCCACAAUGUUUUCUUCUUGAAUGUGCAUCAGUCAGGCCUUGCCCCCAGCCUUCAGAUGUAUCCGUAGACCUGAUAAAUGCACUCAGACUUGCAUCUUUAGGACUUUUUCUUUCACUAUAUUGGCACUUAAAUUUUUCUUUAUAAACUUUUUGAAGGUCAUAAACAAAGACUAUAAACCAAUAUACCUAAUACAUUUCUCUGCGUGUGUGUGUAACAUUCCAAAUACUUUUUCUUUUCCACUGUUUGUAAAGUGCAGCAAUUUCAUAUUUCAAGGGACUUUUUGAUAGUUCCUCAAGAACCAAUUUGAAAUGACUUCAGUGCAACCCUACACAGUAUCAACUUUAGAACUUUGAUAUUAGUCUUAUGUUACCUUUCAUUCUAUUUUUAUCUGCUUUUUGCUGCUAGUUUCAAAUUUGCCAGUAUUUUUCUUUUUGCUUUUUAAGCAGUUAAACAAUUUUUUUCAUAAUAGCCACAGUAUUGCCACAGUUUAUAAUAAAGGGUUUUAAAAUUUGAUUUAGAGCAUUUGAAGCUUUUCUUCACUUAGUUGUGUUUAGACUAUAAUCUUUGUGUGCAUGUGUGUUGUCAUGUGUGUGCCCAUGUGUGGUGUGUGUGUUUGCUACAGGUUUUUAAAGUCUUGAAAUUGUGUUAAUGUUCUCCCAGUUUAUUAUGCCAUCAGAAUGGUAAAUGAGAACACUACGACUGUAGUUAGCUCACAGUUUUUAAAUAAAGGAUACCACAGUGCAUGCUGUUUGUUCAAUCUCUGCAGCCUUCUCUUUCUUGCCAUGCCACCAGCUGGAGACUACCCAAAGCGAUCCUGGAAAUGACAAACAAAUCCUGUGCUGCAUGAAUGGCUUAGAUGGUUGUGCUUCACUAAGGAACA